AGAGACGCGGCAAGGGGGCGGGGUCAAGGGCCCCGGCGCCCAGCGUUCCUGAGGGUGGGGAGGGGGCAAGUGUCAGUCAGGUCGGUAGCGCGACUGGGGACAGUGGGGACCGCGGCGGCUGACAGGGCGCUGCGUGUUGUCCACCCAAGAUGGAAUUCCUCCUGGGGAACCCGUUCAGCACCCCUGUGGGGCAGUGCCUCGAAAAGGCAACAGAUGGCUCCCUGCAAAGCGAGGACUGGACGUUGAACAUGGAGAUCUGCGACAUCAUCAACGAGACAGAGGAAGGGCCAAAGGAUGCCAUUCGAGCACUGAAGAAGCGGCUCAAUGGGAACCGGAACUACAGAGAAGUGAUGCUAGCAUUAACAGUGCUGGAGACAUGUGUGAAGAACUGUGGCCACCGCUUCCACGUCCUUGUGGCCAACCGAGAUUUCAUCGACAAUGUUCUUGUCAAAAUCAUCUCUCCCAAGAGCAACCCUCCCACCAUAGUACAGGACAAAGUGCUUGCUCUGAUACAGGCGUGGGCUGAUGCCUUUCGAAGCAGUCCUGACCUCACCGGCGUUGUGCACAUUUAUGAGGAACUGAAGAGGAAAGGGGUUGAGUUUCCCAUGGCCGACUUGGAUGCUCUGUCUCCCAUACAUACACCACAGCGGAGUGUCCCUGAAGUGGAUCCAGCCGCGACCAUGCCCAGGUCCCAGUCACAGCAGAGGACAAGUGCUGGCUCCUAUUCCUCGCCUCCUCCUGCUCCCUACUCCGCUCCGCAGGCCCCGGCUCUGAGUGUGACUGGCCCCAUCACGGCCAAUUCAGAACAGAUCGCCAGGCUGCGGAGUGAACUGGAUGUUGUGCGAGGAAACACAAAAGUCAUGUCUGAGAUGUUAACAGAAAUGGUCCCCGGGCAGGAGGACUCUUCUGACCUGGAAUUGCUUCAGGAGCUGAACAGGACCUGCCGGGCCAUGCAGCAGCGCAUCGUGGAGCUCAUCUCCCGCGUGUCCAAUGAGGAGGUCACCGAGGAGUUGCUGCACGUCAACGACGACCUCAACAACGUCUUCCUCCGAUAUGAAAGGUUUGAGAGAUACAGGUCGGGCCGAUCCGUUCAAAAUGCCAGUAAUGGAGCACUGAACGAGGUGACUGAAGACAACUUGAUAGACCUGGGGCCAGGGUCUCCAGCGGUUGUGAGCCCGAUGGUGGGGAACACAGCGCCCCCAUCUUCGCUGUCCUCCCAGCUUGCAGGCUUGGACUUGGGGGCAGAGAGCGUCAGUGGCACCCUCAGUUCACUCCAACAAUGUAAUUCCCGUGACGGCUUUGACAUGUUUGCCCAGACGAGAGGGAACUCCUUGGCUGAGCAGCGCAAGACGGUAACCUAUGAGGAUCCCCAGGCUGUCGGAGGACUCGCUUCUGCACUAGACAAUCGAAAACAGAACUCGGAAGGGAAGAGAGGUAGAGGUGGGGACUCUGACCUGGAGCCUAUAGACAGCUGGCUCAUAACCCAAGGAAUGAUCCCCGUUGCGCAGCCCUCUGUCAUGGACGACAUUGAGGUGUGGCUCAGGACGGACCUGAAGGGCGAUGACCUGGAGGAGGGCGUCACGAGUGAAGAGUUCGAUAAGUUCCUUGAAGAAAGAGCCAAAGCUGCUGAAAUGGUUCCCGACCUCCCCUCACCCCCAGUGGAGGCUCCCACUCCAGCCUCAAACCCUUCUGGCCGGAAGAAGCCAGAGCGGUCGGAGGAUGCCCUCUUCGCCCUGUGAGUGGCCCUGUGGUUUGCCUCCCCAGAUGGCAGGUCACCGCCCACCCCCGUGGACACCAGGCACUGGCCACUCCUCCAUCUCCAGCCCCCACGCAGCCUGCACACCUGAGUCUCCAUGGAUGUGCUACUGUGUCUGCUCCUAGGCCUCCCACUAGUCAGGACCAGCUUUAGCCACCUUCUUUCCUCUGGGUGGUGGAUUACAGCGGCAGCCAGAGGUCCCUCCUUCCCACUGCGGGCCCCCUCUGCCCCGUGUUUCCUCCCAGGAAGAGCGGUCAGGGUGGCCCAGCCCCAGGAAGGGCAGCCCCUUGACACCGUUUGCUGAGCAGACCACCUGGACUGUCCUUCCUGACACCUCCCCGCAGAGAAGGGGCAAGUCCCGGGCCCUCCCUGUGCCCCACCUCCACCUAGCUCCAUGAUGUCUCUGGGCAUGGCUGCCCUCGCGUGCCCUUCUCUUCCAGAAGGGGCUUUGCACCACCGUCUCUGGAAAAGCAGGUGCAGUUGCACCGACAGGCUUCGCCUCCCUCCUUGAACUGUGUGUCACCUUGGGGCACUUGGCGUGUUAGCGCUUGAAAAGGCUCUGUGGAGUGUCCACGGGGGGGGGGAGGGUCUCUCACCUUCUUGACCCUCUCUCCCUCUGUCAGCUGCUAGUCCAGGCCCCACCCAGACUGGCUCAGCAGCCGAGCCAAAGACCAAGGGGUCCUGCAGGCUCCCAGCAUGGGGAGAGGGCCAAGGCUGGUUGGGAGGUCAGCAGGCAGCCCACGGACAGUGGCCACAUGGCACACUGCUGAGAUAACACCACCACAAACCCAACGGCCUGUGCACACACCGCAUGCUUGCACCCACACACGAGGCCCUCAUCUGUGGAGGGGCUUUGCCUGGGAGAAAGUGUUGCAGCUUGCGGGCGUGCCACACUUGAGCUGCGGCCUGGCCUGCGGCAGCCUCGCACCUCUGCCUCCAGGGCCUGCAGCAGACAGCUUUGCCCACUCCUAGAGGUCUGCAAGACUGAGAGGCCAGAGCGACACCGAGGCCCCUGCACGGCUCCCU